GACAGCUCGGAAUACUAUCAGGGAGCCUCUGACGCGUCUAGAACUAGGACCAGACUGAAAGUCAGCUUCCGGUAUCUGUGUAACUUUGUUCUGGAUCUUCCUCUGUCUCAUGAACUUGUGAGAACUGACAGCUAACCUCCAUAACGCUAAACCUCUGGUGUGUCCAUUAGCGACAGGUAGCUACAUGCUAUUUGCACAAAGAUCAUGACCUAGUCUUAUUAAUCCGCUGUGCGUUGUCAACUCUCUCAAACGAGGGGACGGUGACGUCACGGCCGCGCCUACUCAGGAGACGGGACGUGUGCAGAGAGAGGUGAUACCUCGGUUUACCCCGUAGUGUGGACAAUAGAGGUAAACAACUCGGCUGGUAACCGUGUGUCUUUCAUUGCCUCUCGGAUAUCGAAAGGACGGACGUUACUUCAGGCGGUGUGUGUCGCUGUGAGGGGCAUGCGGGGUCCGGGGGACAAGCAGACACACCAACAGGAUGAACCCUCUGCCUCAUGUGCUCUAUCUCACCUUACUCCUGGAUACCGUGCUCGGUUCCCUUCCUGCUCCGGUCAAUCUGUCCGUCAGCUCCGUCAACUUCCACCAUGUCCUGCAUUGGGAUCCCGGCCGAGGAACCCCAGCCGGAACAACGUACAUUAUCAAAUGGCGGGUGUACGGGAAAAGCAAGAGAACGCAUUCAUUCAACUCAACGACAACAUCAUUUACAGUAAAGUUUCCACCCAAACAUGUGGUGUUUCGCCUGAGUGUCCAGGCGUCCUACAACAAUACUCAGUCUAAAGAAAGCAGCAUCCCCUUCAACCCGUCCACUCAGACCAUAUUAGGUCCUCCAAAGGUGUCUCUGUCUGGAUGUGGCAAGUGCAUUCAUGUCAACAUUUCACUCCCUGAAGCUGACCCGAGGUCAGGAUUCAAGAACAUCAUGUCAUUCUACUACGGCGUUAAGUUCAGGGUCUUUUGGAAGAAACGUAAUGAAACAGCAGAGCAGUGCUUCCUCACAAAAUCCAGGAAUUCUACUGUGACCAACCUGCAGAUUGGCACGGAGUACUGUGUAUGGGUUUCCACAGAGAUUAACAUCAACCGAAACACUAAGCCGUCCGCUGUGGAAUGCACCUUCACUGGCAAAGAGGAGCCAGGCAGAGGCCCAGUGUUUUCAGGUGCAGUUGCUGCUCUUGUGAUUGUUAGUGGUAUCCUGGUGAUCUCCUUGUUGUUCCUCUACCACACUGGAUUCCUCUGUAAAGUGACCACUCUGCCCAGAGCCCUCAUUAAGUCUCUGAGCCAAGGCUGCACCCUCACGCCGGAGAGGACGUACCCUGACAAGGUCUACGUUGGCGCAGAGAUGGAAAAACAGAGAAAUAACAACAAUCCCUCAGGUCCACACGCUGCCAGCAGGGGCACUAACUCCGAUGAGGAGGAGGAGGAGGAGGAUGAGGAUGAAGAGGAGGAAGGAGGAAACGUCUACAUGGACAGAGACGCAGAGCUUUCCUCGGGUGAGGGUUCCUGCCGGGACUCUGCGGAUGUGUGGAGGAACAGCAGAGGGGCUGUGUCAGGGGGCUCGGGGAGUUUCAAAGUACAGGACACAGAGUUUGAGGUUGAGGUCAGACAUUGGGAUCUCGAUCAAAGUCAGGGCAAAGCUGGAGGGACAGACGUUUCUUUCCUGCCCGAUGGACCAGUCACAGUGAAGUUGAAGGAGGACGAGGACGAGGAAGAGGAAGAGGAGGAUGAUCACUUAGGCGAUAUCAAUCUGUUCUCAGUCACACUUGCUGCACUGGCUGCAUGCGAGGAAGGGGAGGAGGAGCAGACUCCAAGAGACCAUCUGUCAGACCCUCUGUUGGAUCCUGAGCCGGUGCUCAACUCAAAACGGACCCUGAGCCACACAGACUCACAAAGAGAGACCACCAGCAUUAAUGCUGGCUACACAAGAAGACUUCACUGAAAGCCAAAGUAGUCUUUAUUAUAUUCAAUGUCUGUAUAUGUAUGUAUAUAUAUAUAUAUAUUUAUAUAUAUAUUUAUAUGUAUUUUAGGUGGUUGAUGUUGAAAGA